CUGCGUCCAGGCCUGUGACCCUCCGUACAGGAGGGAUGCAGAGCUGUUGAAGUGAGUCCAAAGGAGAGCCACAGAGACGAUCAGAGGGCUGGGGUACCUCUCCUGUGAUGAUGGGUUGAGGAAGUUGGGCUUGUUUAGCUUUGAGAAGGGAAGGCUCCAGGGAGACUUCAUUGCGAUCUCACCAACUUUUUCCAGUCUGAUCAUGACAGGACAAGGGGGAUGGCCUUUAAAUCUUAAGAUAGGUUUAGGUUAGAUGUUAGGAAAGAAUGUUUUUAUUCAGUGAGCUUCUGGAACAGUUUGCUUAGAAAGGUUAUAGAUGCUCCACCUCUGGGAGCAUUCGAGGCCAAGGUGGAUAGGAUCCUGUGCAGUCUGAUCUAAUGGUUGGCAACCCUGCCCAUGGCAGGAGAGUUGGAACUAGAUGAUCUUUAAGGUCUCCAUUCUGUGAUGUUCUUCUCUGUAGGACGAGCAGGUUGGUGCCAAAGCACAGGGCUUACAGUUGCGAGAAGAACAAUGAUGCUCUUCUUUCUCCCAACUCCAUUUAGCCUCAGAAUCUGGCCUGGCUCCCUGCAUUUUGAGGCUUCUACAGCACAUACAUCAGGCACUGGCUACUCAUCUGCCACCCACUCUUGGUCUUGCUUCUUGAAAAAGAGCACGGAGAAGGAGAGCACUCUGUGAGCUCAGUGUAAUGUGUGGAUUUCUGGAGCUGUACUGCUGUGUGUGUGUCCCCACUGUGACGCAGCAGUGCGGGCGGUUGUGUCAUCAGGGCACAGUGCUCCACUCCAAGCAGAUAGUGAUGCCAGCAGGAAAGUGUGCCUGGGAUCAUCAGAGAUGAGCAAGCAAGGAAACAGUUGAGAGAGAGCACAAAGUAGAUGUAAAGGGAGAGCUCAGGGGCUGCGGCACGGUGAGGCCUGGCUCUGAGCACUGUGCUGGGGACUUCUUGUAUGAUAUGAUGCUGUGCCUGUGGGGCUGGGCAGGAAGCCGCCACUGGUGCGUGCUGCAGUCUUUGUUCUGUGGCUGUUCUGUGUGGAGUGGAGCGUCCUUGCACACAGAAUGCAGGGAGCUGGGGUGACUGACCCACGUGGAGCCUGCCUGAUGUGGGCUGCCCUUGGAGCCAUGGUUGAAGCUUUGCUGCUGAGGGACUGGGGGUGGUUUUGCUGCUUUUCAGGAUGGUCAGCUUCUGAUGUUCCUGAGGCCGCUUCAGAGUGGGAAUCUCUCUGUGCCCCGGGCCAGUACUGCACUCGGUGAGUGGGCCCGAGCAGGGCCUCUUCCUGCCCAGGACUGCGUCCGGCUUCCCCAGGCUGGGAGCAGGAAGUGCCCUGCUGCUGGGAACAGCCUCCAGGGAAUGUGCUUUGAGCAGUGCAAAAAAUGCGGUGCUUGUUUUUGGGGCUGUGCCCAGAUUUACCCUGCAGGGGGGUGGUGGGGCUCUGGGGAGCUCUGGGCUGUCCUUGGUUGUCAGCUGAGUCCUCAGGCACUGCCACACUGCAGGCAGGUCAGCGCUGUGGUGUUUGAAGAGAACUUCCCUAAAACAACAAGCUAUCUAAUGGAUGUAUUUAUAGAAUCUUGUUCUUUAAUUUAAUCUGCUUUUUCACUGUUUGUUUUUUAUUUUUAAGUUCAAAGGUGUGAUAGCAAAGAAACUAAACUUUGCAGGUGCCCGAGGGGGAGCUGAAUUGUAACUCAUGGUCUGCAUCAGCCCGAAGCUCUGCUCUUCCGAGUUCAGAAAAACAUUUACCAAGCACGCAGGCCGGUUCCUGCUGCUCUGCGCCAGCUCCAGCUGCAUCCCAGUGCCCCGCGGCACCGUGUUGGUUCAGACUGGGCAUUGUGAAGUGUAACCCUGGUCCUGCUGGCACCAGCACUCACCUCUGCCUUUUUAGAAGCAGAUCAGUCCGCAAUGCCUGAAGUGCGAGAUCUCUCCGAUGCCUUGCCUGAUGUGCCAAUGGAUCCCAUCACAGGGGUUGGCGUGGUUGCGUCCCGGAGCCGCGCGCCGACAGGCUAUGAUGUAGUUGCACAAACAGCAGAUGGCCUGGAUGCUGACCUCUGGAAGGAUGGCCUGUUUAAAUCCAAGGUCACACGAUACCUGUGCUUCACAAGAUCAUUUUCAAAAGAAAAUAGUCACUUGGGAAACGUCUUGGUUGACAUGAAGCUCAUUGACAUCAAGGACACCUUACCUGUGGGCUUCAUCCCCAUUCAAGAGACUGUUGACACACAAGAAAUAGCUUUCAGAAAGAAGAGGCUGUGCAUUAAGUUUAUCCCUCGAGAUUCUACAGAGGCAGCCAUCUGUGAUAUCCGAAUCCUGGGGAGAUCAAAGCAAGCCCCUCCUCAGUACACGUUCAUAGGGGAGUUGAACAGCAUGGGCAUUUGGUAUCGGAUGGGCAGAGUUCCCCGCAACCAUGAAUCUUCACAGCCUGCUGCUCCUUCCCAAGCUCCAUCUCCAGCACCAGCUCCCAACCUGCCAAGGCAUAUCUCACUGACGCUUCCUGCUAGCUUUCGAGGCAAAAGUCACAGCCGCCUGGACUUGGAGCACCAGCACUCAAACCUGUAUGCCAUAUCAGCAAUGGAUGGAGUGCCUUUCAUGAUCUCGGAGAAGUUUGCCUGUGCUCCUGAAGGGAUGCAGCCAGUUGAUCUCUUGGGCAUCACAAUCAAAAGCCUUGCAGAAAUUGAGAAGGAGUACGACUACAGCUUCAGGACGGAGCAGAGCGCGGCAGCCCGCCUGCCGCCCAGCCCCACGCGCUGCCCGCCGGUCCCACCGUCCUGA